AUGCUGCUUUGCGACGCUGAAAAGAUGCUGAAAGGGCGUGCCAGGGAUCCCAGAACUGCGGUGCCCGCAACACCGAUACUGUCAAUACGGUCGACUGCGCAACGAGUCCCCUUAGCAAAGCCUGAACCUGACUACGAAGUAGUGGAAUUCCCUUCAGAGCAGUAUGUCAAUGCUAAGCUGCAGCCACCACCUCCUCCUCCACCACGACCGCCAACAGGACAUCCGCUGGAGGCGGGUGCUUCAUGCGGACUUUGCGGCGGUGGAGGGGCGCGAGUCCGUUGCGCAGAGUGCGGCCGCAGGGCACUUUGCGCCUCUUGUGAUGACAUGUAUCAUCGUCAUCCUAAGCGACGCCACCAUCAGCGACAGAUUAGCGGUGAUAGAUUGAGUGCCAGCCCUAAACUACCCACACCAGAUCAACGUCGUAUGACUUUAAAUUCGAUGUCAACGAAUCAAAUAUCUUCGACGCAUACAUCUGCUGCAGCGAUUUCUAAUCCAAACCACUUUACGGCUCAACGUGCUCAACCAUCGUCAGUGCACCCACACCUCCAAAUGAAUGUUGCGGCGAGCGCGCACGCAAGCUAUCUGGGCAGCAUGCCAUAUCUGUCUGCGACGAUGCAUCACGCACCCGCACCAGCCGUUCCGAACCAAGAACAAUCGAACACUCUCGGACACGCUCCUAACACUUGGGGUCGUCAACGUGCAUCUCUCCCUGGGUUUAUGCCCCCAAAUAUGGAAAGUGACCGCAGUAUCCGUACGAGCGGCGCCGGCGGCGGCGGCGGCAACGUGGGGCGAUGGGAGUGGCGCGAGACGCGCGACAGCAGCCCGGGCGGCGAGUGGAGCGGCAGCGAGCGGCGCCGCACCACGCGCCUCACGCGUCGCGCCUCGCACCUCGACCUGCGCCGCUCGCGCCCUUCGCGGCGCUCCAGUGUCUAUGGAUCAGAGCUAAGAGACAGAACCCUCGCACGAGAUCCAAAUUUCAAGUGGUGUGUGGAAUGUUCCUCAGGGUUUUUUGUACAUCCGAAGCAAAAGAAACUGCGAUGUCCAGAGUGCAAAUCAGUGAGCUGUGCUUCAUGCAGGAAACCGUGGUCUUCCAAUCAUGAUGGAUUAACUUGUGAAAAAUACGCGGAGUGGUUGGAGGACAACGAUCCCGAACGAUCUAUCGCCGCUGUGCAGCAACAUUUGCGAGAGAAUGGCCUGGAGUGUCCGCGUUGUCAUUUCAAGUACUCUCUGUCAAGGAUGCACUACGUGGAGUAUCUGGCGGGGUUGGCGCGCAACCUUGAUCCGAUCCCCAUCAUGGACGUCACUGAACUAGUUGCGGAGUUGCGCCGUCGUGCUCUUCCACUACCGGAACGCGGUCCUUGGGAUACAGACCCUAUUUACGCGGGGAUGUGCGCCGAGAUUGUCCGAGAGAAGAUUCCCCUCGACUAA